GAUGACUUACCCUCACCGCCUAGCGCUUGUAUUAUUUUUGAUGUGUCGUAUGCAACAUGCACUUGCUUCAAACUCAUCAACGCCCGUUAUAACCAAUUCAUCAAGUACUUAUGUGGAGAAUACAAGUACCCCUGUCACAACAUCAUCAGUCAUGUCCACCUUACUUAAUGCGUCUAUCAGCAUAGGGUACUCGUCACCAGAUUGCACAUCUUGCAGCAAUGGAGGAACCAUCACAGUGACCAUGUCAUGUAGCAUCAAGAUGCCACCUAACAAAGACAAGGAGUGUGACAAGGCCGAGUUCAAUAAAACCAGCUGUGGUUACGUUACUAUGGUCGAUAAAGUGUACUGGUGUGCUGACGUGAAAAAGAAUUUCACGUACUAUGAGAAGAAACACAUAAAUCCUGUAAAACAAUGUGAUGACGUUUGUCCAACUUCCGGCUCAGUGAUGUCCGCUCACCUCGUGUUCAUUUUCUCAUCUGGUCUCGCUGUCGGCCUAUUAUCGCAGACUCUGUGAUCCACCGACCUUGAAAAAGCUGUAGUUGUCAACACGAUAAAUCAACUCCAUUUCAGUUUUUCAGGAGUAAAGCCGUAGAAAAAGUAUAUUUGUUUUCGAUCGAGGCUUAGCAGAUACAAGCCAAGUGUUUUUGUAAGAAAUGCUAAUGCGGAAAGUUAAGUAUUUCAGUAGAGGGAAUAGACACCACUACUGACAUGAAUAGAAAUAGCGUGUAGACAGAGAUUGUGUAAUCAAAUCAUUUUACUGGUGUAUAUUUACUUGAAAACUACGAUGUUAAGAUACGUGACUUACGAUUCACGUUAUCUUGAGUUCUUGAUCAACUACGACCACAGAGUGAGGACAGCGGCAAAAUGGUUGCGCAUGCUCCGUUACUCGAGCCAUUUGAGCGUUCAAGGUUACUGCUCUCCCUCUGCAAACAAAGAUGAUGCGGGUUUUCCUGCUGAGAUAACGAUCCAUUUUUUCUGGGAGUUUUCCUUUUGAGGAGGCGAUGAAAAGAAGCGCUAAAGCGAUAAAAGGUGCUAUGAACAUCUUAGCCAUGUUACCGAUGCACUACUGCGGUUACUAAAUUUGCAGCUGUUACCGCAAUAUUUCUUUUGUUGAGUGAGGAGAUUCAAAGGAAACUUUUCUGAAAACCGCAACUUUAUCUGUUUUGGUUUGGGCCUAUCUCCACAAAAUGUAACCAAGCAAUGAUAAUUUCAAAAAUGCCGCUGUUUUGCCACGAUGGUGUUUCUAUGGAAAUAUUGUCGUUCCCAAUCCUUUCCGCACAUGAAAUUUUUCGUGCGCUGCAAGCAUGCGCACUCAUUUUGCCACUGCGUCUUGAGUGAGUAUCAUGGGUUGUUUAUGUGUAGUUCAGCUGCCUUUGUUUUUUAGAACAGUUUUACUUAUUAAGAGACAUGACUGUAAAACCCGGAGUGUGUCAAUUUAUCAUUAAAAAUGUGUGAAAAGGA